AGUUGAUAAUAUAUAAUGACGAAAAACUGCGUCCUUCUGUUAGUAUCAGUUUGAAACUCCUACAACACUACGUCGAUGUCAGCAGAUCAAACCUCGCCUAUGGCAGCACCAAUCAACAGCGAAACCAAUGAAAUUUACACUAACGAGUUGUGGUCCGAGGACGGGGCAAUGGCUAUGCUGGAGGCUGAACUAUUGCGAAGCGACGCCGCACCCGCCGACGCUGGCGUCGAACUGUUUGAUGAAGACGAUUCAUUAAUGGAUCUAUUGACCAGAGCUGAGAACCAACUAAAGGAACAAAAGCUCUGGCAGUAUCCACUUCAUCAAACAGUUCGGCGCCAGCAACAGGUUUCCAGCCUCGAUCACCCUCCCCCUUCAUCGCCGCAUUGCCAGCAGCUUGUGGUAUACACGCCACCACCACCCGCCACCCGAGCUGCUGCUGCCCGGAUCCCCCCCGCCCCCACCGUCACAACAAGAAUCCCCCCCGCCUUCACCGUCACAUCACACCAACAAGGAUGUCCCCCCGCCGCCGCCUCUACCUCCGCCACCGCCACUCAUCCUUAUAGACGUCCACGCGCAAUCUUAGGAUCUAACUCUAUGCGGCAUGAAUUUGAUUUCGAUGGACUGAUAAGGUUUUCAGAUCCAUCCCGACGUCGUACAAUUGCGUUAAAACAUUUAUCCGAUGCAUUUCAGUAUCCUGUUUUAGGUGCGCGUGUUGUGCGCUCCUACAACAAGGAUGCUGUUAUCAUUAGGGUAGCAAAUGUAGGACGUCGGGGCAACGAAGAUGCCGAAAUUGAAACUUUCAUGCCGCAUAGAUUUACUACUAAGAUUACGCGUGCGAAUGUGCAGUCGUUUAAUUCAGGUUGCCACAAUUUAAUAAUGCAAGUUGUUCACAGCGAAGGUCGUUCCUCUGAUAUAAGGCUGAAUCGACGGUCGCGGCAGCGGCCGUAGAUUCAGCUGAUCAGAGGAACAUUUUUAAAUUAAUAAUAUUUCAAAUUUUAAUUUUUUUUUUUUUUCAAAUUGUGGCAAUUUGAA